GUGGUAGGAUCAGUUCAUCCCGCGCAAUGCACGAACUCCCAUCACACUUGCUCUAUAAACAGUAGACUGCAGGAAGGUCUGUCAGUUGGAAAGAAUCGCACCGACCCAGCUUUUGUUUAUUUACUUCCCCAUCCCCUCGGAUGGAGAGCUACGGACUGGGAAAUCAGGAUCACUGCUACAAAAAAUUUUGGCAAAACUGGACUCCAUUCGAGCCUCUUUAAUUAUAUAUAUAUAAUUCGUGCAUUGAGAAAACAUUGGUGAAAAGAAAUGUAUCCAAAAACCAGUCGGAUGCAAAGAAUUAUUCUUUUAUCUGAAAAACAAGCAGCUCAAAUCCAAGCCAACAGUAAGACGCUGGUUUAAUUUCUGUGCUUCUGCAUUUAUCUGUUCUUCGAAAAACUAAAUGCAACUUAUUUCGCAAUAAUUCAGGAAACUUAAGAAUGAACUCAGUUCAUAAUUCAAGUUAUAGAAGUGUCUGAUUUAUUUUGACUGUCCAGAUUUACUGAGAGUUGCUACAAGGACUGGUUUCCAGAAAAUUACGAUACAGUUUAAGGGAAAAUCAAUUCGCUGUGGAAUAUAAAUUCUAUUUUGAAAUAAUCUGAACAAUUUUCUUCUUCCUUGGAUUGUUGUUGAGAACCUGUGUAAAAACUUUACAAAAGACAUCUUGCAAAGGAGUUCGAACAAUCGGUUAUGAAUUUGUCAAAGAAAUAAGAACGAUUGUGAAGAGUUUUGAGCAGAUUAAAGUUCCUAGAAAACAACUAAAUAAUCAAGGGAAGAAAAUGAAGCAAGCGAAUUCGUCAACCAAUUUGACAAUGGGUGAAUCAAUGUUGCAAACUGGGCAUGUUGUCAAGGACAAAUGGCAAGUGGUCUCCAAAAUUGGGCAAGGAGCGUUCGGAGAAGUUUAUAAGUGCAAAGAUUUCACAAGUAAUAGACAAGUGGCACUCAAAUUGGUGUCGAAGGAACGAAUCACUUCGGCAAGUCACCUGUUGAAAUUAGAAGUAACAGUUCUUAAGGAAUUACAAGGAAAACAUUAUUUUCCCAAGUUCGUUGGCUUUGGGAAAACCGAAAGAUUCGACUAUUUGGUUAUGGAAUUACUUGGUCCUAGUUUGAGCGAAUUAAAGAAACAUCAACCAGAUCGGAAGUUUUCUCUGAGCACUACUUUGAGACUUGGCCACAUGAUGCUGAAAUGUAUUCACGCAAUUCAUAAGACGGGAUAUCUUCAUCGGGAUAUUAAGCCGAGUAACUUCACCAUUGGUAUUGGUGAAGACAACCGUCGACGAGUGUAUCUUUUGGAUUUUGGAUUGGCUCGACAGUAUGUCCUGGAAAACGGAGAAGUGAGACCACCUCGUUAUAAAGUUUCCUUUCAUGGCACACCAAGAUAUGCGUCUUUAAGAGUCCUUCAAGGCAAAGAAGCUGGUCGCCAAGAUGACUUAAUGUCACUGUUUUAUACGUUAUCGGAAUUUUCUUUUAGAGACUUGCCGUGGAAAAAUAUAAGAGACUACAGAGAAAUGGCUCAAGCAAAAGAAGUAUUUGACCAUCAGAUUCUCGUCAAAGAAUUUCCUGAUGAAUUUCAAGAUUUUUACAAUCACAUCAGUGAACUCACUUUCUUCGAUCAACCAGAUUAUGAUCUGCUGUAUUCAGUGUUUGAUCGUUGUAUCAAACGACGGGGCGUCAAGGAAACUGAUCCUUUUGACUUUGAAGAGACCGAAAGUCAACGCAUUGAAAGCGAUUUAAAGAAAGACAAUUCAUCAACAGCUCCGACUAAGUCAUCAUCUGAUGUUCUAAUUAUCCAUUGUGAGUCUUUUGAAGAAUCCGAAAAACUGAAAGCAAAGGAUCAAAUAAAACGAAGCAAAAGUACAUGCAAUAACUUGCUUCCCACAUCUGGACUUGGCGAAGUUAGGAAGGAACAGUUGUUAAGAAGUAAGAGCUCUAACAACAUGAUGAACAAGAAAAAGAUAAGCAAUUUUUUGAACGACAGUAAGGACACUGGAUUUAGUCUUAGUCCUUCUAGUACUAAAAGUCAUUGUCAACCUUCUGUUUCAAUAAGCAUUGAACCAAAAUUUCCAGUGAAUAAGUCAAAUCUCGUUUCAACUAGUGAAGAAACAAAAGCAAAAUUAAAAUCCGAAUCUUCUGCAGAGUGUAACAAAUGCUUAUCACAACUGACCGAAAGCUUUCUCAUGGAUUCACUUUCCAAAGACAAUUCAUCCUUUGAAACAAAAAAAAUAGAAAAUAUGCAGUUACGCCCUUUGAAUAAAUUUUUCAAGAAAGAUUCAAGACUUUUCCAAAACUCUUGCAUUAACUCUCUGUCGACACUUCGAUGUUACAAGGACAAGAAUAAGAAACAGAAAACCAGGCAUUCGGUUCGUCGCUCUGUUUCGCAUCCUGCCACCAUUCCCUCUCAUCUAUUAAUUAAAAGUAUUUUUCACGAUUCAAAUAAAGUACAAGGGCAACAGGGAUUACCUCGUUGUUGGAGCUGCCCGACGAUUUCUCUUUUCAUUCGUUCUGAUUUAAAGCCCCCUUUGAAACAACAAGCUUCGUUUGAUGAAAACGUAUAUGAGGUUGAUGUUAUGCGCAACGUUGCAGCAAAACAACCUGCUGAUGAACCUGUUCAUGUGGAUUGCAGAAGGAAUUCCUUACCUUUCAUUCAUACCUCGAAAGUGCUAGCAAAAGAAAACUCGGUUAGCAGCGAAGAAAAUAGAGAAUUAAUAUUAAAUAACAUCUCGGAUUCUGGAAUUUCUAGUUUAUCUGUAACAAGAAGAGCAGAGGCAACAACUAGCGAGACUCCUAACAUAAAUAAGCGUAGUAUCUCGAAUCAAUUUGAAAAAACUAGCAUAAUCCAUGAUAUUACAGCGAAAGUUCAGAAAAGUCUUUCUGAUUCGAAUGUUUAUCAGAGAUCAAUUAAUAGCAGCUUACGUGGGAGACACGACUCUCAAGAUAAAAAUUCUAACCCUUUUGGUGGUAUUGAACUCAAAGAAAAUGCAUUACAAAAAGUCGAAAACACACGUUUUUUUGUUGAGGCUGUUGACUCACACCAUUGUAAUAUGGUUAAAAAUAUAAUCAAUAUAAGCGAAGAAACUGUUAACUCCGUAAUCCUUUCGAAAAGAGAACCAAGUGAUCAGUACCCUUCUAAUGUAAGUAAUAACAAAUCAUGCCGAUAUACAACAACAGAACGAAACGAUGAAAUAAUGGAAGAAAAGCCAUUAGUUUUUGGAAAAGAUGAUAUUGAUCAUUUUGAAAUGCAACCUGCAACUUCAGAUAACACGAAUAAAAAAUCAGAAAUAGAUUACUCUAUUUGUGAUAAUAAAGAUUACGAAAGAAUAAAUGACUCGAAAACCGUAAAUGAAAAGAAUAUUGAAAAAAAUCUCGACAUGCUGGAGAGUUUGGUAUCUUCAAGUAUAAAAAAUUUCCAGACUGAUAAUCAAUAUGAAGUUGACACAUCAGCUGUAACAGAAGGAAAAAUUGUGAAAUCGCUUGAGGUUUACGGAAGAACUGAAACUCAAACAAACUUACCCAUUUUUUAUGUGACUGAAAACGAAAAUGACAAUAUCCAAUCACUAGAAAUCGAUGCUCAACGAGAAACUCUAAAUAGUUCAACUAGUGGAAAUGAAAUUUCGAAUGUCACACAAAAAGAUCCUAUUGUUAAGGAUCCCCACAAAAUUGAAGAGGCCUACCUGCAAAACCAAGGAAAUAGGAGGCAUAGAGUUAACUCUGAAAACAAAUACGUAAAAGAUGAGAGCGAAUUGAAAUUACACUUCAUUAGAAGAAGACAAAGACCAUCUUCAGUUAAUUUUGAAGCACAAGCAGUUUCCUCCGAAGAAUACCAAUCCUGUAAAUUUCAAACUUAUGCAUCUGCACGUUCAUUUGGUGAUAAUGCAAUGUCUGGAAUUUUUCAAAAUCCUGCAACACUCCAGAUGUUACAGUCUCCUCCAGAUGACCCUCCUACUGACUACUGUUUGCCUUCCAGACGAAGGAGGUACAGGAGAGCAGCCACGUCUCUUGCCAGCAUAUCCUAAAAGUGUAAACAUUUGAUUAUUUUCAUCGUGUAUUUACAUCAUCUCAUUUCUUUUCUUUCUGUUCCUAUUUCAGUUUCAAGAAAUAUUUUCCUUUUCAGAAGAAACCUGCAGAUUAUUUCUGUUUACUGCCAUCUGUUAUAAACUGCACAAUAAACUAUGUUGAUUAGUUAGUUU